GGUAGGCCGUUUUGUUCAUGGACUAAGUUGUAAAAGCCCAGCAAAGGGACGGGCCCAGUAGUGAGCCCGUUAAACGCCAAAGCAGACUCUUCGUUAAGUUGGGAAAAGAAAAUUGAUUAGUCGGAGUUUUGUUCUUUCUUCUUCUCCAGCAGCAAAUCUGUGACGGAUCUUCAGCUCAAGCGCUUCCUGCUUGCGACCUGUAAUCGAAAAUGUCCUCCGCGGCUGAUUCCACCAACCAGGCGGCUGUCGCUAGGAAGCCGAAGACUCCGUUCAAGUUCUUGAUUCCGCUCAUCUAUGCUCCAGUUCUUCCACUAAUUCGACUGUCACUGCGUAGGAAUCCGGUCUUGAGGGACAGGCUGUUCACUGCUGUGUUGGCUGGUGCCUUUAUUCAUGGUGGUUACUUGGUGACCGAUUUAUACGACGCAGAGAGCAAGUGAAGAUCGAAAGACAGCAUGGAGGAGCCUGGUUCCUGAGUCCCAUUUUACACACCAAAUUGGUUUUGUUCAAUUGAUACUGUUGUAUUCUCAGGGAUAGUUUUGUAGCCUGAUGAAUUCUGUUUUGUAAUUCGAUGCCUGUCGAAAAUAAUACUAGAGAUACGAAUAGAGGCCCACAUUUUGCUGUGACAUAGACUUGCUAGUCCAUGAACAGGUAAAAAACAACUCCUCAAAACGCUGAGACCUACCAUUUUCAUCAAGGGUUUGGCUCCAGAUGAUGGUUGACAGAUGAUUGUGGACAUAUUCCGUUAGCAUCAUACGACUUGAUUCUAAUGUCUGUCUGCAUCAAGGAAAUCUCCAGCCGAAACCUUGAUUGUGAGAUGCAGUAGGGUGCCUCUGGCAUUUGUUUCAUGUGUUUCUCACAAGUUGGAAGAAAGAAAACAAAACACCAGAAAGCGCGCAAUUUGACGGUGAGCAUGGCGCCACCACCCACCACUACCUUUUGGCCGAGCCAGAACCACCACCACCGUUUGUAAUUUUCUGCGCUUUUUUCAUACCGACGGAAACACCUUCAUGAGAAACCGCUGCUUCUCUCUUUCUGUCAAUUCUUGACAAUCAAUGUUUGCUUGUCCUGAUUAGCCCUUUGAAAAGCCUCGAAAUUUCCGGUCCAGCACUUUAGUUUCAUUCAUUGCUUCUUCCCGGCAAUUUCCGUCACCACAAUUCCCCCCCGCCGGCUGCUCUGCUACCGGCCAAAUCCGCCCAUUUUUUCCGUCUAUCACUAUAGUUAGAACGUAGGAAAAGAAUAUAGAAUAUAGUCGAGGCAUCAAUUAGCCGCAUUUUGGGAACUAUAGUGAUUGAAUUGUCACCGGAACCAAAUUUUGGUCCGUAUAAGUCAAUGGUAUAAUAUUUUAUGCUUAACUUGUAGUUUAAUGUUCAUUCAACUAUUUCAUACGGUAAGGUUUACACUGAUUUUAUUUUUUUAAUAAAGGUGAUAUUGAUUU